UAGGUAAGGACUCAAGCAUCACUGGAGACAUUCAAGAAAAGGUUGAACAACCACUAUUCCAGAACAGAAAAGAAACUCAUGCAUCAGAAAAGGUGACUAAUAACCAUACCAAAAUAUGGCUGCACAAAUACCAGAAUCUGAUCAGAUAAAACAGUUUAAGGAAUUUCUUGGAACCUACAAUAAACUUACAGAAACCUGCUUUUUGGACUGUGUUAAAGACUUCACAACAAGAGAAGUGAAACCUGAAGAGAUCACCUGUUCAGAACAUUGCUUACAGAAAUAUUUAAAAAUGACACAAAGAAUAUCCAUGAGAUUUCAGGAAUAUCAUAUACAGCAGAAUGAAGCUCUGGCAGCCAAAGCAGGACUUCUUGGCCAGCCACGAUAGAGAAGUCCUGAUGGAUGGACUUUUGAUAUAAUAUUGCUAACAGUUGUUGCACUAGAAAUGAGGAUUCAUUUGAUAGAAUCCCCUGAAAGCAAAAGUCACCAUGUUAAACUGUCUGUUACGACUGUUAGACAAAUGGAAACCACUGGAGAAACACAAUUGCUGUGUACCAGGAAUAAUCAAAUAGAAGGUCUUGUUUGUUGUUCAGUGAAAAUAAGACGCAACAUUUGCUGAGGCCUUAAGAUUCAGCAGCUUGGUCACUUGAUUAGAAAAAUAAACCAUUGUUUCUUCAAUCAUGACUGUUAAUUUUAAAGCCAAAUAUGUGUUCAAUCAUGUAUGAGAUAGAAAAAAUUUUUAUUACUAAAAGUAAAAUAAAUGGAAGUAUCACUGAGUAGUUGUUUAUACUAUAUGGUACCAUAGUAUUCUGACUGGACUGUGGAUACGUUGAAAUGUUUUUCAGUCAGGAUCAUCCUCCAAGUAUUCCUGUUCAUUCAUGUCUGCCUCAAAUUGCUGGUAAAUACAUAAAAUAGUUACUUGCUAUCAUUUCAAUGCACGAUCCUUUUUUUGCCUCCCUUCUUGUGUGAGGGUAGGCAUUACACAUUUUUAUCCUGGCUAUAUUUUCAUAUAUCUUCAUGAAAAAUCCCAUCUGAGACUAGCUUGGGAAUGACUGUUAUUCUCUAAUAGAGUCUGAUUUUUUUGCUUUUGUUGUGUUUUGUUCAAAAACAAUCAAGCAUGAAUGAUUCUAAGUCAGACCAACAAUAUGACAUCUGAUUAAUAUGAAAAGUGAACCAAAAUUAAAGUAGUUAUCUUAUGGCUAAAUGAAUCUGAAACAAAUUAAGCAUUUCGGGAUAUUCUGAUUGAUGCGUAAGUAUACGAAACAGCUCGGUAAAUGUAAGUGGACUAAAAGCUAUUAAUCAAUUGGCUUAUGAAUGGAUUUCAUCUGAUACCAAUCUAAAGUUGUACUUAAUAGAACACUAAUUAACCCAUAUGUUUAAUUUUAUCAAAACGGUUUCUAUAGAUUCUCAUGUUAAUGGAAAGUAGAAGUGUUCUGCUUUGAUAAUUUACUCUUUUUCUGUAUUAUAUCUAGUUUUUAAGCCAUUAAGUCACUUAACAAUACCAUUUAGCUUAUAGGGCUCUAUCCACAUUACUGCCAAUAAUUAUGAUGUCUUCGGAAGUACAAAGAUAAACAAAAUAUUAACAAUGCACUCUUUGAAGCUGAAAUGUUAAAGCAUGGAUAAUACUCAACAAAAUAUACAAUUCAUUAUUAGCCAAAGGAAUAUGAAAGAAUAGACUCGUUUCAUCAUAAAGCAAGAAAAGCAACCAAAAAGUCAGAUACUUACUCAUUUAAAACUUUGAGCUACUAACACACAUACUUUGCAACUUCUUUGUAAUCAAGCUCAACAUAGUUAUUUACAGUAUUCAUUUCAUAAAGAUAGUUAAAUAUGUGCUUACCUGGCAAAUAAGGGGAAUUUUGUGCAACAGCAUCUCAAAUACCUUGGGAGGGAGGGUGAGUUUGAAAACUUUCAGAAGUUCCUGUGGUUGCCCACACAGUAAAAGGGCAUUGCUGAGAUGUUCGACCCCCAUUCUAUGCUCUCCUGAAACAGAUUAAUGAAUUUUAAGCUUUUUCAAGAUAUGACAUGUAUUAUAUAUCCAGGGGAGAAAAAUCAGAGAUUUAUGAAAUUUGAUUUCUAAGUAAAGUUCUACAGGCAUCAUUCCAUUAGACAGUACAGGAAUGAUGGUUCAUCAUUUGAUCAUCAGAAAUAAGUACUAUUGCUUUAUUAUCUGUUUUUGAUGAAGACUGAAGUUGUCAAGGAUUUCAUUUUACUUGGAUCCACAAUCAACACCCAUGGAAGCGGCAGUUGCAACAUCAGAAGACACACUGCAUUGGGCAAAUCUGCUGCAAAUGACCUCUUUAAAGUGUUGAAGACUUGAAGACUAAGGUGCGCCUGACCCAAGCCAUGGUAUUUUCAAUAGCAUCAUAUGCAUGUGAAAGCUGGACGAUGAAUAAGGAAGACAGAAGAAGAAUUGAUGCCUUUGAAUUAUGGUGUUGGUGAAGACUAUUGACUAUACCACGGACUGCCAAAAGAACAAACAAAUCUGUUUUGGAAGAAGUGCAACCAGAAUGCUCCUUAGAAGCAAGGAUGGAGAGACUACAUCUUACAUACUUUGGACAUGUUGUCAGGAGAGAUAAGUCCCUGGAGAAGGACAUCAUGCUUGGUAAACUACGGGGUCAAUGAAAAAAAGGAAGACCUUCAACAAGAUGGAGUGACACAGUGGCUGCAGCAGUGGGCUUACGCAUAAUGAUUGUGGGUAUGGCACAGGACCAGGCAAUGUUUUGUUCCGUUGUACACAGUGUCACUAUGAGUCAGAACUGACUCAAUGGCACCUAACAGCAACAACAUUGCUUUGUUAAGAAUUCUCUAAUGAGACAGCGUUCUUACAUUUAGUAAUCUGGAAAAUCCACUUACUUUUACCUGACAAUAAAUGAGAUUUUCUUGUAUUUGGUUUUGCUCUCCAAUCUGCCCACUUCUAACACUGUAAUAUAAACUUUACAGUAGGGUAGAGCUAGACAGUGUGAUGAAGCUUAAAAUGCUAAGACAGCUUCAUAUUAACUGAAGCAAGUUGGUUAACACAUCUACUUAUUUGACAUUCAAGUACUAAUCAACAAAUAUUUCUUUAACGUAAAGUAUCAUAAAUAACUACUUACAGAAUAACAUUUACAUUCUUACCUCUAGAUAACCAAAGUUCUCCCAUCUGUACCUCAUGCAGAAGAAGUUCUUGCAAUUUUUCAUUUGCUGAAUCCCACAACUAAAAGAUUCACAAAAUAUAUUUAACAGUGAGUAAUGAGCAUAUACUAUACGGUGACUGAUCACACUAAUUAAAAAAAAAAAAAACUAAAUUUCCAAAGCCAAA